AUGAAGAAAUCAGAUGGUGAAAUAGCCACUGUUUUAAAAGAAUCUCAUUACACUGACAAUCCUGAUGUAGAUGUAGUUGGUGAAAUUAUGAGAGUUUAUUGUGACCAGGAAAAGUGGUCUAGUUUUUGUAAUAUGUUUCUUACUGAACAAGUUUGUAGACAUGUAAUUCUUAAUACUUAUCAAUAUUUUCCUUAUUAUAAGCAAACAAUAAAACUUUACCAAGUAAGAGAUAAGGCUAAAAGAGAUAUUUUUAUUAACCUUAUCAAAUUAAACUCUGAGGAAAGCAAAGAAAAUCUUUCUCUGUAUGAGUUAAUCAGUGGUCGGAACGAAUUAACUUUUAAAGCUAAGGUAAAUUUUGAUAAAGUGACUAAACAAAAUCAAGAAUAUAAAGAGAAAAUUAAGGCAUUAAAAGCAGAACAAGAAAAUUUGGAAGCAGAGGGUCCUGCAAAUUGA